GUCACCUCAGGAGUGGCCGCCGCUGUCGAGGCCGCGCACAAGAGGGCCGCAGAACUGGCCAAAGAUGGCGAGCACAAUCCUAACGCUAAGGAAUUGUUGGACACCUUUUUCCAGCGCGCCGUCCGACCCAUGGCUACGUUGACGCAGAUUUGUGGCCACAAUAGAGCGCGUCAGACGGAAAAGUUGGCGCAGAUUCUCGAAGAGCUCACUGCCCUCCAGGACGAGGCCGACAAAGUAGACAACUAUUUGAAUGGAUUCACACAGAAAAGUGAUCCGCAAACCAGUCAUUUGGGAUAUUAUAGCACUUGGGUUUUGUAUCACAUCUUACGAGUGAUGACUCAAUACCUGCUCUCAGGCUUUGAAUUAGAACUGUAUUCUCCACACGAAUAUCAGUAUAUAUUCUGGUAUUUGUAUGAGUUUUUGUACGGUUGGAUCGUCUCCACACUCAAUAGGGCCAGUAAUCUGAUCCUCGAACAGGAGGUCAUUGCCGAUCAAAUCCAACAGCAAAUGAAAGGCAAGAGUAAGAAAUCGCGGCCUAAGAAACGCAAACAACGGCCACACUAUCAGCAAAUACUUAUUCACCAAUCACUACAGCAUCUCAACAAUGGCUUUUAUAAAGCCAUUUGUGGAUUCAAGUUAGAUAACAAACUACCGGUGCCUCAGUCUGCUCUCAAUAGUGAACAGAUCCGAUACGAGCAC